GCUUCUUUCCGGCAUCUCUUUGCGAUUUUGGAGGCGGACCGAGCCGGGCUUCAGUGCAGUCAGUAUGUUAGACCCUGAGGACAGUGCGGAGCACAAAGUUGGCUCUUCUUUCCCCAAGCCUUUUCUCGUCUUCGUAGCUAUGCUCAUAGUUCUAGGAGCGUGGCUCUUGCUAGCCUUUUCUGCUUUCGAGCAGAAAGAGACAGACUUCUACUCCUUUAAAGUGGUGAAUAUCAGAGGGAAGCUGGUCUCUCUGGAGAAAUACAGAGGCGCGGUAUCCUUAGUUGUCAAUGUUGCAAGUGAGUGUGGCUAUACCGACAGCCAUUAUAAAGUCCUACAGCAGCUACAGCGAGAAUUGGGCCCAUAUCAUUUUAAUGUGCUUGCAUUCCCAUGUAAUCAGUUUGGGCAGCAAGAACCAGAUAGCAACAAAGAAAUUGAGAGUUUUGCUCGGAAAACAUAUGGAGUCUCUUUUCCCAUGUUCAGCAAGGUUGCAGUGACAGGCACUGGUGCAAAUCCAGCCUUCAAAUAUUUAGUUGAAUCCACCGGUGAGGAACCAACCUGGAACUUCUGGAAGUACUUGGUAAAUCCCAGUGGAAAAGUAGUAAAGGUUUGGGAUUCUACUGUUGCUGUUGAGGAAAUAAAACCUUAUGUCACUGAGCUCAUCAGGGAUAUAAUUCGGAAGAAAAAAGAUGAACUGUGAUUUUUUUUAAAAAAAAUAACACUGCCAUUUUAAUACCUUUAAGUAUCUCUUGUACUCAUAUUCCUAAGAAAAUGUACUGAAGAGGUAGCUCCUGUCAUCAGCUGCCCCUCCAGCCACAAAUUACGAGUGUGUUUAUUUGUCCUGUCGUCACUCAUUAUCUGGGGUAUAUGAUAAGAGUACUGUUAAUUCCUAGGAGGUAGGGUUCUGGAUGGAGACAGGCAAGUGGCAUUGGGACUAUAAAGGGUUGCCUUUCCCUUUUCAGGGAAAGAACAGUCUCUACAGAACAAGGCAGAUUAAAAAAUCAUUUCUUUGUUGUUUGCAAGAUGACUGAAACUGUCUCUGUUUAUGACCACUGCACUUUGUUCUGAUUGACCCAAAAUAAAAUAAAAUUCUUACAACAUUUCA